UACUCUCUUCUCGAUUUUUCUCCAUGCUUCCUUCCUCCCUUUAUAUCUCACCCUCUCACCAUUCCCAUGCAUUGCAACGUGAUCAUUCAUUCACAUUAACAUUCCCAUUCAACAAACAUUCACAUUCACAUUCACAUUUAACUCAAUAUCUCUACUCUGUCUCCAUUACCUGAGAACAAGGUAGCAUCCAUCCAUGGCUUCCAAGGCAGAAGGAAAAGCUAUCGGCAUUGACCUCGGCACCACCUACAGCUGCGUCGGCGUAUGGCAAAACGACCGCGUCGAGAUCAUAGCCAACGACCAAGGCAACAGAACCACCCCUUCCUACGUCGCAUUCACCGACACAGAGCGUCUCAUCGGAGACGCAGCCAAGAACCAAGUCGCCAUGAACCCGCAGAACACUGUCUUCGACGCCAAACGCCUCAUCGGCCGCAGAUUCUCCGACCCAUCUGUGCAAAGCGACAUGAAACACUGGCCUUUCAAGGUGGUUCCCGGCGCCGGCGAAAAACCCAUGAUCGCCGUCAACUACAAAGGCGAACAGAAGCAGUUUUCAGCUGAAGAGAUUUCUUCAAUGGUGCUGACAAAAAUGAGGGAAAUCGCAGAGGCUUUCUUGGGGCAGAGUGUCAAGAACGCGGUGGUUACUGUCCCUGCUUACUUCAAUGAUUCGCAGAGGCAAGCCACGAAAGACGCCGGCGCCAUUGCUGGACUCAACGUGCUGCGGAUUAUCAAUGAGCCAACUGCUGCUGCAAUCGCUUAUGGUUUGGACAAGAAGGCUUCGAGCAGCGGCGAGAAGAAUGUGCUCAUCUUCGACCUCGGUGGUGGCACGUUUGAUGUUUCUCUCCUCACCAUUGAGGAAGGGAUUUUCGAAGUGAAGGCUACUGCAGGGGACACCCAUUUGGGAGGUGAAGAUUUUGACAACAGGCUUGUGAGUCACUUCGUUGCAGAGUUCAAGAGGAAGCACAAGAAGGAUAUCAGUACCAAUGCUAGAGCUUUGAGAAGAUUGAGGACUGCUUGUGAGAGAGCCAAGAGGACUCUAUCUUCGACUACUCAGACAACCAUUGAGAUUGAUUCUCUUUUUGAAGGGAUUGAUUUCUAUUCAACUAUUACAAGAGCGAGGUUUGAGGAGUUGAACAUGGACUUGUUCAGGAAAUGCAUGGAGCCUGUUGAGAAAUGUUUGAGAGACUCCAAGAUUGAUAAGAGCAAUGUUCAUGAUGUGGUUCUUGUUGGUGGAUCAACUAGGAUUCCAAAAGUGCAGCAAUUGCUUCAGGAUUUCUUCAAUGGGAAAGAGCUUUGCAAGAGUAUCAACCCUGAUGAGGCUGUUGCAUAUGGAGCUGCAGUGCAAGCUGCUAUUCUGACAGGUGAAGGGAAUCAGAAAGUUCAGGACUUGCUUCUUCUUGAUGUUACCCCUCUCAGCCUUGGAAUUGAAACUGCUGGUGGUGUGAUGACAGUGCUGAUUCCAAGAAACACAACAAUACCCACCAAGAAAGAACAGAUUUUUUCUACUUACUCAGAUAAUCAACCUGGAGUUUUGAUUCAGGUGUAUGAAGGUGAGAGAGCAAGAACCAAAGACAACAACCUUUUAGGGAAAUUUGAGCUUGCUGGCAUCCCUCCAGCGCCAAGAGGAGUUCCUCAAAUCAAUGUCUGCUUCGACAUUGAUGCGAACGGUAUUCUGAAUGUUUCUGCUGAGGAUAAGACUGCAGGGGUGAAGAACAAGAUCACCAUCACCAAUGACAAGGGGAGGCUGAGCAAGGAGGAGAUUGAGAGGAUGGUGCAGGAAGCAGAGAGGUACAAGGCAGAGGAUGAGGAGGUGAAGAAGAAGGUUGAUGCCAAGAACGCUUUGGAAAACUAUGCUUAUAACAUGAGGAAUACAGUGAAAGAUGAGAAAUUUGCAGGGAAAUUGGAUGCUGGAGAUAAGCAGAAGAUUGAGAAGGCUGUUGAUGAGGCAAUUGAGUGGCUUGACAGGAAUCAGCUGGCAGAAGUGGAGGAAUUUGAGGACAAAUUGAAAGAGUUGGAGGGAUUGUGCAACCCAAUUAUUGCCAAGAUGUAUCAAGGUGCUGGUGGAGAUGUGCCUAUGGGUGGUGCAGGUGACAUUCCUAAUGGUGGCUAUGGAAAAUCGUCUACUGGUGGCACUGGUGCUGGGCCUAAGAUUGAAGAAGUUGACUAAAAUGGGAAUCGUCAGUAUUUUGUCCUCUAAACAUGUUCUUGUUUAUGUUUUUUUUUUUUUUUUUGAUAAGCAUGUUCUUGUUUAUGUAAUGCCUUCUACAGUUUUCUUUUACUUGAGUGGUUUUGGCAGGUCAAUUAGUAAUGUUUUCUAGGUGAGUUUGAAUUGUAUGAUUUCAGAGUGAUUAUGGAGAAAUGAUCAUCUCAGUUGUAAACAAAAUUGAUAGUAUAUUUUAUGUUAAUUGACCUUUUAUUUUCAUUUUGGAAA